AUGGACUAUUCAACGUAUAUUUAUGUGAACUUAUUACUUUGUACAUCGUGGAUUAGCAUGGAGCUGGCCUCUGGUUCUGCUCGCUGUGAAAGGUCUCCUAAAAUCCUCCAGGCCAGACAAGGGGAGAUUCGGAGCUCCGCCCACCACAGCUGGUCCUCCCGGCAGCUCAACUGCAGCUGGCUGAUCCCUGCACCAAUGGGAGAGCCUGUCAUCCUGAGUUUCUCCCAGUUCUUCACACGGUGUGGAGUGGAAUGGGUGUCUGUGACAUCAUCGGAGGGCCCCCCCACCUCCCUCUGUGGGUCCCAGCUGCCUCCGCCGAUGGAGCUGCGGGGGGGGAACAUUACUGUGAUGCACCACUUUGUCCAGCACAUAUACCCUCUGUCCAUGUUCCGCCUCUCCUACAUCAGGGGCUCCGCCCCCUGUGCUGUGGGGGAGUUUCCGUGUGCGGGUGGGCGGUGUUUACCCGCUUCCUGGCGCUGUAACGGGCAGACCGAGUGCCUGGGGGAGGGGCCCGGGGAGGGGUCCGAUGAGCAAGGGUGUGAGUGGGGCCGGCAGGGCCCUGGGGAUGGGCGUGGCCUCGGGGACGGGCGUGGCCUCGGGGACGGGCGUGGCCUCGGGGACGGGCGUGGCCUCGGGGACGGGCGUGGCAGGGGCGCGGGAACCACAGCGGGAGGCAGGGACAGCGAGACGAAGGCUCACCGCGACUCUGGGUCCUGCGGGGGCCUCCUGAAGGGCUUCUACGGCUGGUUGGCCCCCCCGGCGCUGGCGGGGCCCCCCCUGCUGUGUGUGUGGACUGUGGACCCCCAGGACCCCAGGCCCCUGCGCCUUGACCUGCGGCUGCUGGAGCUGGGGCCCGGGGACACCAUCACCAUCACCGACCAGCCCCAGGGCCAGGGCCACACCAUCAAAACCAUUACCUGUGCUUCCAAUUACAAAGUGGUGGAGGUGGAGUCCCGGACUGGCUUGCUGUCCCUGACCUAUCGCAUGCUGCCUGGCUCAGAGGGGCGGGGCUUCAACGCCACGUACCGCAUUGCUGAGUACUGCCUGCCGUGGGAGGGGGCGUGCGGGGGCACGGGGGGGCAGUGCUACACGGCGGAGCAGCGGUGUGACGGGCACUGGGACUGCGCCGAGACCGGCCGGGACGAGCAGGGCUGCGGGGGCUGCCCUCAGGGCGAGUUCGCCUGCGGGGGGGCGGCGGCCCUGAGGGCGGCCAGCGGUGGCCACUUCCUCGGCCAUCCCGUCUGCUUCCCGCCCAAAGACCGCUGCAACUAUCAGCUCUACUGCGCCGACGGCAGCGAUGAGAAGGACUGCACCGUCUGCCAGCCCGGAACCUUCCACUGCGACUCCGACAGGUGUGUGUUUGAAAGCUGGCGCUGUGACGGACAGGUGGACUGUAAGGACGGCACCGACGAGCUCAACUGCACGGUCACUCUGCCCCGCAAGGUCAUCACCGCGGCAACGCUCGGCAGCCUGGUCUGUGGGCUGCUGCUGGUCAUCGCAAUGGGCUGCACCUGCAAGCUGUACUCCCUCCGGACCCGCGAAUACAGCAUGUUUGCUCCAAUCAGUCGUCAGGAGGCGGAGCUUAUACAGCAGCAGGCCCCGCCCUCCUAUGGUCAGCUGAUUGCGCAGGGGGUGAUUCCUCCUGUAGAAGACUUCCCCACUGAGAAUCCAAACGAGUCCUCCGCUCUGUCUCUGAGAGGAAUCCUUCAGCUGCUCAGGCAUGACCCUGGCUCCUCAUCCAGACGUCGCCGCAGGCCCCGAUUCGUUAGGAGAACCAUCCGUCGCAUGCGGAGGUGGGGCUUGCUCCCAAGAGCCACACCCAGGCCCUCUCAGUCUUCUAGCCCCUCCCCACAGCAGGCAGGGACGGCUCCCACUGGCUCAGAGCCCAGUCAGUCAAGCGCUGGGGGCUCCUCAUUGGCCGGGGAAGGUGCCAGCCCACCUCUGCCUCAGAAACUGGCCUUACAUCCUCAGACCGAGCCAGUGGCACCUCCAGCCUCGCUGCCCGUGACCCCCCCGCCCACCGCGCCCCCUCCCCCACCCCCUGCUGCACCCCCUCCGCCUCCCCCGCCCCUGCCCCGCCCUGCUGCCCUACCCCUCGGCAGCCCGUGGCUGGCCUCCCUCUUCCACUCGCUGGGACUGAGCAUCUCCCUGUUCCGCCCUGCACCCCCCUCCCUGCCCCUCACCCCAUCCUCCUCCUCCUCUUCCUCAGAGGACGAGGUCCUGCUGAUCCCGCUCUCCGAGGACACGCCCUCAGAGGACGCUCCCUCAGAGGAUGACGUGCCCAUGCUCACCUGAGACCACGCCCCCCUCCUAAAUCACAGCCCCCUCCCCUCGCUCCUGGGCUGGGCUCUUCAGUCGGGACUGUGCCCUGGUCGGUCUGGUGCCUUCGAGUGAUUGCAUUUUGUUAGGUAAAAAAUACAGUCUUUAAUGAUAUGUGAGAUACUGAGUGAAAAAACCUUUAGAGAUUGGGAAUGUGUGAGUAAGUCUGUGUGUGUGUGUCUGUGUGUGUGUGGUAAAUAGAACUUUGCACAGCCUUUUCCCUGAUGAAAAUGGCCUGGCCUCUGCUAUCAGCCACUGUCAGAUCUGUGACGGUAUAGGGUUGUUGAGGUUGUUGAUACAUUCAUGAGAAUAUUGUUCUGAAAUUCAGCUUUUACACAUGCACAAACACUCACACACACACUUACACCCUCGCACAUACCCUCAGUCUCACACAC